AUGAACAAGAAAGAUCACCGGGUCCCUGAUAAAGCUGUUUCAAAGUGCACAUCAUGUGGAUCAGAUUAUGGUGCGUUUAUGCCAAGGCAUCAUUGCAGGAAUUGUCGUGAUCUCUUCUGUUACAAGUGUACUCAAGGCAGGAUUGCUCUCACUGCUGAGGAUAAUGCUCCCCAAGUCCAUGUCUGCGACCGGUGUCAAAAAGGGUUGAUUCAGGCGAAAGGAGCCUGCUAG